CCAGAAGUCGGCCCACUGUGCCUCACUUCCGCUGAGUUUCCAGUUUCGCCUAUAGCUUGAAAACGUAGCAAACAUAGCUUAACAUGGCUCUUGGCUGAUCUCUUGACGUGGAGUGUUUGUGUUCCAAGGAAGCAGGAGUUCUUCAGUCUUACCGUGAACCAGUGUCAAGACGUGGAUGGACACCAGAAUGCCUGGGAGUACCCAAUCAUGGUUCUUCAUACUUGUCCGCCUCCUAGUGGCAGCUGUCAGUACUGCAGCACAGUACAGGGAUUGUUCAUUAAAUGAUAUACAUGGCAGAGUGCAGCCUGUGAGUCCAGUAGCGCUCAUUGGGUCCACGGUCACACUCAACUGCACCAUACGUCCUGAUGAAGACGGCAUCACUGCGCAUGAGGUGUUCUGGAGAAAAGGAACUACACUGAUACCACCGGAAAACUACCACGCUCUUAGUGACACAGUCAGUCAGUUGGUUCUACAGAAUGUUUCGCAGACAUCGCCAGGGCACUACGUGUGUUUCGUCCCUGAGCCAAUCAGACAAGACUGUCCUGUUGUUGGCGGGGUGGAACUCAAUGUCGGAUAUGCCCCAGAAGAGCUAGUGUUGGACAGGUGCCUGUCAGAAAACCUGGAUUCUUUCACCUGCUGGUGGUCCAGAGGACGGGAACCAUUGAUUGACACUGAAUACAGCAUAACAUACACCCACUUGAGCAGAGCAGGCCUGGAGGCGUGUGAACCACUGGAGGUGGAGGGUUCCUCUGUAGUCUGUCACUUUGUGUCUAGUAUCAGCCACGCCGGCAACAUUCUCUUCCACCUGAACGUCACAGCUACGAACAAGCUUGGCAGGGCGGAGUCUAAUAACUCUGUAAACCCAGAAAACUACGUCAAACCCAAUCCAGUCCGUAACCUGCGUGUGGUGGAUCGGAGGUCAACAUCCGUGUCAUUGUCCUGGGAUAACCCUGCUGAGCUACAUGUAAGCCACUUCCCCCUAUUGUACCAGGCAAGGUACCGGGCAGAGUGGGAUAGCCCCAACACAUUUAAGUACGUAAACUUGAGCCAGAUGACACACGGUGACCUGACUGGCCUGAACCCCUUCACGACCUACGACAUCUGUGUCCGUUCCCACCCUGUCCGUCCCGAAGGUUACUGGAGCGACUGUCCUGACCAGCCGGUAUCCGUACAAACAGACAAGGCUGCCCCUGUGGGUUCAGUACCUGCCUGGCUGCACGUCACUCCCAGCAGGGAUGCAGGAAUCAGGAAUGUCGUCAUUUACUGGAAGGAAUUGCCUCCGAGAGACCGGAAUGGCGUCAUCAAGGAUUAUACAGUGACAGUUGCCUCGAUGUUGAAACAAGGGGAAAUUUCGCGGGAUAGCUACGGACCUUUCACCAUCCCAGGCAACGGGCGGCACAGGAAUCUGUCCGAGCUGCAACUGAAGUCUGACACAUCAUACGUCAUCAAGGUUCAUGCUUCCAAUGAAGUGGGACGGUCACAAGAUAAAAUUCUACUGCUACCUCAAGUUGGUCAUGUGCCAGCCGUUCCAUCAACAAUAAACAUCAGUGUGACAUCACCAACAUCUGUUACAUUGUCAUGGCAACAACCGGAGGAAACCCGUGUGCAGCUCACCGGGUACAGUUUUUGGAUGGCGUGGAAGUCUGAGAAUCAGAUAUACAUGUGGGGCAAGCCUGACUGGGAGAGUAUAACUGACGACCAGGCACUGUCUGCGGCAACUGUACAACACGAGAUCUCGCGUGGGUUACAGGGACGUACACGGUACAGGUUCGGGGUUGCGCCAGUCUCCCGUGAGGGUUUCGGAGAGGCAAAAGUUGUUGAGGCGUACACAGAGGAGAUGGUUCCAGUGGGCCAGGUUGAAGACCUGACCCUGACUACAGCAGGCCCCACCUCCCUCCAGCUGACCUGGGAGCCACUGAGGCUGGAGUGGCGAGGGGGGAUCCUACUGGGGUACCUGGUGCAGUACUGCCCCCUAGUGGAGGGAGCUCUAUGUGCAGAAGGAAGCGUCCGCACAGUAAAUGUCACAGGUGAGGAGACAGCAUCAGUCCUGCUGCAGGGUCUGAGUCCAUUCACCCGGUACUCUGUAAGGAUCGCAGCUGUGAACCGUGUGGGCUCAGGACAGUUUAGCGCUGCAUCUGUACAAACAACAGCUGCAGCAGCUCCUGAGGACCCUCCAACCAACGUACGAUUCCCAAAUGUCACAGCGACAGUUUUACGGCUGAUGUGGGACCCUCCCAGGAUACCAAACGGCAUCAUUACAUACUACAUGGCACAGGUGAAUGGAGAUGUGCACCAGCUGGUUGAUGUUGACAGGGUCCCUGUCUACGGGAACACAAACUACAGUGUUCGGCUGCAGGCCUGCACCAGUGCUGGGUGUGGGCCCUUCUCAUCCAAUCACUCUGUCACCACACCUAUAGGUGACCCAGAGGCUCCACCCCCACCAACCGUCUCCGAUCGUAAGUCCUCCCCAUCCACCGUCCACCUCCGUCUGGCCCCUCCGGCCCAUCCAAACGGCCCGAUUGACCACUACCUUGUGUCGUACACGCAAAAGGACAGCAAUGGGAGAACACAGCCACACGUCCAGAGGGUUGAGGGGACGACGGAGGCAGUUAUAGAGGUGGACUGUGCUGAGAACAAAGCUGUUACGUACGAGUUCUGGGUACAGGCUGUCAAUAGCGAUGAGCAAGGAGGGCCACUUACAGGAGAAUCCAGCACAAGGCUGGAAAGGCAAAUGUGCCUGGUUCCGGUGGUGAGAGUUGAUGGUGUGCCGGUUGCCAUAGUGAUCCCAGUUGUUGCCGGGAUCAUCAGCAUCAUUCUAGUGACCUUCCUGGUGUGGAAGAACAGACACAGGGUGAAGCGGAAACUCUUUCCCCAUGUGCCGGGACCCGUCUUGUUCCUGGAGAAGGACGGACCCUACUCUGCCUUGUACGUCGUCACUCCCACCAGCAAACAUGAGCCUGAGAUUUGUGACGACAUUUCUGACUUCCUAUCGAAAGACGGAGAAGUAUCACUGUUGACAGACGGUCAAGAAAGUCUGAAUAAGAACGAGGGCGUAAAUGAGGCAAGACCAUCAGCUCCAAAGACGCCUCUGGGUUCAAUGUCGUACGUUUCCAGACAGGAGGACAGCUCCCCCCCAUCAAAUGGAAUAUCCCAAACUCCCGAACAUCAUUCGCCAACAGAUAGCCUUAAGACGAUGUCUUUGUGGGAUGCUGAAAAGACUCCUCGUAGCAAAGACCAAACGAAAACUCUGGACACAUACAUCAGGGUGGUACCAGAAGGAGACGAAGAAUUCUAUUGCGUGACGGGAACGUUGCUUGAGAAGACGACACCAAACUCUGACAAUAUGCCAUACGUCACUAAUCUGCCUUCUCCACUGCCAAAUGACGCAAAUGUGGAUUCUAACCCAAAUCUAGAUUAUUGCGUGACAGGAACUUUGCGUGACAGCACUUCACCAGGGCCAACUAGACAGCAAGUGCCCCCAGAAUCUGACAUGCCCUACAUCACAAACAUUACCACCCCACCUCCUAGUGGCAAUAGUGUAGAUUCUAAACCAGAGGGUGAAGAGCACUUUGGGUACCAAGCACGCUAUAGCAAGGAUUCACCCUGUGAGGAAAAGGAGCCGCUCAUUGGUAACCAAGGAGCUGAAGGUCGUUACCAUGGAGCUGAAGGUCGUUGUCCUGACAACCAGGAAAGUCCCAAGGUUAACACAGAUGGUUAUGUGAGAGGAAGCUUGCCUGAUGGGAAUUAUGUCUCAAACAUGCCGGAUAACGCCAGUCCAACCUUUGCGCCAUACACGCCACAUUAGAAAGAUCAUAUUAGACAUGCUUCUUUGCAUGCCGUGGACCAGUAGUUCAAAGCAUGCGCCAGUAGUUCAAAGCCAGUUGACCUAGCUUGCAUCUCAACCAGAAAGUUAAGGGCUUUAGACUCGUCGGUUACAGAUCCAACUCGCAUAUCUAAGAAAUUAAACAGUUGCAAUUCUCAGGACAGGACAUAUACAUGUAGCCUAAGUUUACAUCUUACUAUGCUUUUAAAAAGAGGAGUCUAGUUUUAUCGAAUACUACUGUAACAAUGUAUAUUAUUGCACUAUGUACAUUGCAUAAAAUGCAUUUGCUGUAUACACAAAUUUAAAGAGCCAUUAUUAUUAUGUGCCACACUUAAAAACCUUCUAAUUAAUAGAAGCAUCUCAGUUACAUUGAAGGUACUAGUAUGUGCCAAGUCAGCUAGGAAAAGACAGUGCCACCUAUUGCCAGUGGUUAAGUGAAGAUUGUUUAGUAUUACAUGUACUUGUAAU